AUGACAGAGGCCGACAGCCGCGAUGGCGGAUACUUCGCCAUGGGAGAGCGCGCAAGAUCUGAAUCUCCCAACUCGAUACGUAGCGACUCCAUGUCAAUGCAUCUCGCCGAGCCGUCAGCCACCAUGGCGUCUUUGACUGCGCUACAAUACUUACCAGUACCAGUCAUUGUCUUGUCAGCGCAAAAAACCGUGGUCCUAGCAAAUGAGGCUAUGGGUCGCCUUUUUGGCAUUGACUUUGAAAGCGUUCAUCAUCUUUCCAUAUCCGAGGUGUUGCAGGACAAGACCAUGGGUGAUCUUGCUGUAGACAUCUUGCAGAACGGCUCUCCAAUCAUGAUCACAUGGGAGAGCUUUCUGGAUUGCGUAGUAGACGAUUCAAUAGCAAAUGGCUUGGAUAAGGACGGAGAUUCCCACAUGGGAAGUGGCCACACCACGCCGACUGCAGCCAAUAUGCCGUAUCAAACGAACAACAAAUCAACAGAGUCAUUGCCACCCUUGAGCAGUACAAAUCUCGCUCGAACUAUCGUACGCGACGUGUCAGUAGACGUCGUUAUUGCACCGCUCGUUUUGGGUCCCGAAGGCACGCUGCACAAGUCGGACAGGAAAACAGCGUACGAAAAUGCAAUGCAGGCAUCUUGCAUAAUCUCUGUUUGGAGUAUUGAGGAAACCCAAUAUUAUACGUUGACUUUCACAAGCGCAACAGCUGCUGAUAGUGCGCUACCACCUUCCAGUCGUGCCGUCACCCGGACAAACACAGGAGCCCGUCUCGACAAGUCACGUAGCUCAGGCUCAAGCUCUUCAUCGGGCCGUCGUUCGGGAAGUAGUUCAAAUACGGCUUCGAAAGCUGUAACGCCUACGCUACAACAACCAGAAUUCCCUCCUCGUGGCCCCCCUACCAAAAGUAAGGGUGAUAUUGGGACGGCUGCAUCCGUAUUCCAGAAGGCGACACAACUAAAAGACGCAAUAUUAAACUCCGUUACCAUGCCUGCAUACGCCAUGUGGAAAGACGAAACGUUUGGUAUCCCAAACAAGGCCCUACUGCGGCUCCUUUCGAAAGACGGAAUAUAUAUUCCUGGUGACCAAAGGGAUUUUCUUUCUCAGUUCUCGUGUUGGACCGAGGACUUCCAGCGCCUUCUCGGCAUUGACGAAUUUCCUAUUAUUGAGGUCUGCCGUACGCGAGAGAGAGUUGAGAAACGGCGCAUUGGUAUGCGACACCCGCAAACAGGCACUCGUAUCGUGUAUGAGAUCAAUGGGGAGCCUGUGUUUCAUGAAGAAACUGGAAAUUUCCUUGGUGGUAUAGUGAUCUUCAAGGAUGUCACCGAAUAUACCAAGCAGAUCGCCGCCCAGAUCGAAGAGAACGAGAAGCAGUUUGAGUACAUCGCCAACUUUAUGCCAGUCAUGGUAUGGACAACGACACCUGAUGGACUCCACGACUGGUUCUCACAACGGUGGUAUGACUACACAGGGUUAACCGUUGAUCAAUCACUAGGCGAAGGCUGGCGCCUCCCAUUCCAUCCAGAUGACAUGUCCACAACCGCGGAGCGUUGGUUUCAUUCUCUCAGGACAGGCGACGAAUACAAUACGGAAUAUAGAUGCCAGCGCUACGAUGGAGAGUGGCGCUGGAUGCUGGGACGGGCUGUGCCCUUCUAUGACGACUCUGGGCGUAUUGUUAAGUGGUUUGGCACAUGCACUGACAUCCACGAUCUGGUCCUAGCCCGUCAGGAAGCCCGUCAGACAAGAGAGCAGUUACAGCAGGUCAUUCAGCACGCAAAAAUUGUCCUCUGGGUGAUUGACCGCAACAAUGAAGUCAAGGUGAUGGAAGGAGACAUUGAACCCAACGAACGGUUUAGAAAGAACCAGUUGGGCAGAGACGUUUUCGAUGUCUUCAAUUUGAAUGACAACGAUCGGAAGCGAUGGCACGAACCUAUUCAAGAGAUAUUACAGGGUAAACAAUCAGUUGAGGUUGUGAACGGAAGAUACAUGUCGGAGGCUCACUACUACCGAACUCGUUUAGUACCGCUUAUGAGUACUUCUCGGACUGCCGGCAUUGAAGGCAACACCUUCGUGGAUGGCGUAAUCGGUGUGUCCAUGGAUAUCACAGAGCUACGAGAGAGGGAAGAACAACUGAAAGAACAGGAGAAAGAGAACUCAAGGCUCUUGGCUAAUGAAGCGGCGGCAAAGGAAGCCAGUCGUAUGAAGUCGCAGUUUCUGGCCAACAUGUCACACGAGAUCCGGACACCUAUAGCUGGGGUUAUUGGCAUGAGCGAACUGCUGUUCGACAUGAACUUGGACGAGGAGCAGAAAGAGUGCGCAGAGAACAUUCAUCGAAGCGCGAACAGCCUCCUGACUGUGAUCAACGACAUCUUAGACUUCUCAAAGGUUGAGUCAGGUCGACUGGACGUGGAAGAGGUACAGUUCAGUCUCAGCGUGGUUCUAAGAGAUAUGAUGUCUUUUGCUGCCCAAAGGAAAGGUCUGGAUUAUCAAAGUUCGAUACAAGACGAGGUUCAGGCAGAUCUCCGGGUGAUGGGAGACCCAGGCAGGUUACGGCAAAUCCUGACCAAUGUGCUCACCAACAGCAUCAAAUUCACAUCGGUGGGUACUGUGAAGCUCGCCGUAUCGAUCAGCCAGGAGUCAAAAGACAUGGUCACGGUAAAUUUCAGGGUGGAUGACACCGGUAUUGGGAUAGAAGAGGAGGUCCGGAAACGGUUGUUUCAACCCUUUAGUCAGGCAGACUCAUCUACAGCUCGCCGUUUCGGAGGAACUGGCUUAGGACUGACCAUCAGCAAGAAUUUGGUUGAGCUCAUGAAAGGGCAAAUAUGGCUGGACUCGAAGCUGGGACAGGGUACUACUGCUACUUUUUGGAUACCAUUCACCCGCGCACCAUCGCAAGACGGAGAAUCACCGUUGGUUCAUCUAGAGUCCAUCCCGGAUCGACUCCAGAGUGACAUGUCAGUUUCAUGCGGAAGCUCGGAAGGCCACACGCCGCCGUUGACACCGCAAUUACCCAACGGAAGCUUGCCAUACCCGCUCCUGAAAUCAGCCAUUCCGGAUCAUCUGAUGAAUCUCUCCGAAAGCGAAAGACAGCAGAUCCACGUUCUAGUCGUCGAAGACAACCAUAUCAAUCAACAAAUUGCGCUCAAGACCAUCAAAAAACUUCACUUCUCGGUUAGUGCGGUGUGGAACGGCCAGGAAGCAUUGGAAUAUCUGAUGCAGGAGUUCGGCCCUUCGCAUCCACGCCCGGAUAUUAUCUUGAUGGAUGUGCAGAUGCCUAUCCGAGAUGGAUAUUCUGCUACCCACGCUAUCCGGACAGAAGCACCAUGGCGCAACAUGCCCGAAAUCCGAGGUGUUCCAAUCGUUGCUAUGACGGCCAGUGCCAUCCAAGGCGAUAAGGAGAAGUGUGUUUCAUGUGGGAUGGAUGACUAUCUUGCCAAGCCAGUCAAAGGCAAGCUGCUGGAGAAGGCAAGUUACCCCAAGCCAACUGGUGGGUCCGCUAACAAUCAUAAGAUGCUUGUCAAGUGGGCUCUCGAGGGCCGGCGAAAAACGGCCAAAGACAAGCCAUCCACAACCGACAAUGAUCGACAUGGCGUCGCAGACCCAAGCUCCAAGGUGGACUUUAGGGCAAAAGAUCACCCGCGAACGGCAGGCAUGUCGGUUGAAUCUGAAACAACGGCGCAGGCACUGACCGCUGAACUUGACCGCCUCCAUUACCAGAGCGAUGCAGCAUUCGCCAGAUCCAACGAGAAUGAGGGUGAGCGGGCUAUGCGGCGUAUCCACGCGGAGGAAAGAGAUACGAAAUUGCGCGAUGAAAAGCUGCUCUCCCUAGUUGGGCCACAGCUAAUUCGUCACAACAGCUCUCAGGGGCCACAAAGCGAACCAUCGAUGCCUCUGACCGAGGCAAAUAUCGAGAAAUUAGUUCACGAACAAGACGCGGAUUCGCCCAUUACGAGGAAAGCGGGUUCACCGGAUGAUGUCAACUCAAACAGGACGAACAAUGCUCACAGUAUGAGUAACACGAGACAAUCUACCUUGACACGGCCCGGCCUUCAACAAUCUCGCCAUCAUGACAGCGAACAGACGGUCGUUGAGCACGUCGCACGAUGA